UCGAGCCCUAUCCACAAAUUCCAGCUGUGAUGGAGUCGAUCACAUAUAUUUACUAGCUACAUUUGGUUCGGGUACGGACCCUAAGGGGGUCGAUCACAUGGGGUCGAUCACAUAGGGAUGCCAAUGUUUAAUAAUUUCCAGAUGGGUACCCAAAAAAAGCGCAGAUUUUGGCGAUCAAACGGACAUAGUUCUCGUAAUUUUGCGACGUUGUUUGGUAUGUCGUUGUCGGGGUUGGAAGUAACGCAAAAAAAAAUGAAGUUUGCGCGGGAAUUUGGGGUUGGCUAGGGUAUACAGACACGCUCGCGUCGCGAAUGUCACGACGCCGAUAGCUGUCAGCGCGCAUGCGAGGUGCAUAUAGUACAGCCAUUUGGUACAACAUCAUGGAGCUAUUUCAGAAAUACUUCUUACAUAACCAGGCUUGCCAGGUCAUAAUCUGUAAGCAGUGUCAAUAUGCCGUUAGCCCGGCCCAUAUUCAAGGCCAUUUGCAAGAGAAACACAAGAGCACCACUGUUCGGCAACGAGUCGACAUCGCAGCGUUUGUUCAGCGUCUGCCCCAUGUCGCACAGACGCCCGACGAGGUUAAGUAUCCCGAUGCGAGUAGUCCGCCCAUCGCCGGCAUUCCCGUAUAUCCCAAUGGACAUCGAUGCGUGUUCAACGUCGACGGCCGCGAAUGCAAUGUCACAUACCGCGAACGCACGGGCAUUCAGAAGCAUUGCAAGGACCAGCAUAAUUAUCAGAGUACCCGAGCAAAAGGCCGACCGGAUUUCGAUGCCGUCCACCGUCCACCAUGGGAAACGAACCAACCAUGCCAACGUUUGUUCCGUACAGGCAAAUGGCAAAAGGUAUUUCCCGUCCAGGUCGUGCCCCAUGCCGGCCCAGCCGUAGACAUCGAUCAUGCCGCCCAAGGCAAGGCAUGGAUGGCGAAGUUGUUUGCCGAUUUUCAGCAGGCGCAGGAAGACGCCCGCACCGAACGGACGCGGUAUGAGCCUAAUCCAUGGUUAGAACACACCGGAUGGGAGCGUCAUUUAUCGAACGAUCAUCGACGAUGGAUCACCGAAUGCGUCAAGGCCGAGCCUAAUGUCGACAAAGUGCAGGCAUGUUUAGAAGACGAUGCCGCCCCAUUCGCCCCCGAAUCGGAGCAGGCGUUGUCGCGGGCGUGUGACGGUACCAUAGUGUUGAUCCGUCGUUCGUUCCAAGCCAGCCGGGUAGAGAUCGUCGGACGACAUGCGUUGCAUUGCGUCAAUCGCCGGGAGACCGGCGCCGACAACAACAACACGCCA